GGUUGGAAUUCAAAUAAAAAAUGUCGAAUGUGUAUUGACAAGGUUCAUUCGGAACAAUUAUAUCGUACAGGGAGUUUCAUAACGAAAUUUGCGAUUGACAUUAGGUACUGCUUAUUGUAGAAGUUCGACAAAGUUGAAACAAAAUUAAGAACGAAUAACCAAUUUAUGGACACAUCCCCUUCCCAAACUUUAUUUGCUCAACUCACGGAUAUUUCUUGUAGUAAUCAGUUUAUUACGAAAAAUAGAUAUAUUCUGGCUACUCCAGUACCCACAACCCACAACCCAAUUGGUCCACAGGCAGCCUAUUUUUCUUAAAACAAGGAAGAGGUACCGCAAUAGCGCAUGCUCCAAGCUGUCAUAAAUUUCAAAACGAAUUUCUCCAUCCUGCAUCCCUCAGUUGACCUUGAAUACUCACAGUACGCACCGACUGCACUAGGUAUAAAUCUGUGUUGCACUUCCACUUAUAAUGGAUCUUUUGUGUGUUGCUGGAGUGUCUUUCUUUUACGUCGUUUUCGACUGUUGUCGAAGAAAAUUCAUUAUUUCAGACGACAAUGAGGACCCGUCAAUGAAGGAACAUCCACUGGAGGAAAAAAAAAUUAAAGUGGAAAAUAGGACAGAUGAGAGCACUGAUGACAACUGCACGAUAUGUAUGGAAGGAUUGAAGGGAUUGGUACUGACAACGAAAUGUGAACAUGACUUCCACUAUACAUGUAUCAACAAAUGGGUGGUGGUAAAUAAUACUUGUCCUUUCUGCAGGAGCACUAUAUUUCAUUAAAAUCAUAUUGAUUAGAAGGUAGAGAAUCAACGCAUUUUUGAGAGAAGUGAUGUAGAAUAAUCCUGUGAG